AUGACCUCGAUGAAGGAGCACAACUUCACAGCAGUGAAUGAAUUCAUCCUGAUGGGCAUCACAGACCGUCCUGAGCUACAGGCACCACUGUUCGCACUAUUCCUCAUCAUCUACCUCAUCUCAACUGUGGGCAACUUGGGCAUGGUCAUCCUCACCAUGGUGGACUCCAGCCUGCAGACCCCAAUGUACUUUCUCCUCCGACACCUGACUCUCACUGAUCUUGGUUAUUCCACAGCGGUGGGACCCAAAAUGUUGGUCAAUUUUGUUGUGGAUCAAAACACCAUCAGCUACAAUUUUUGCGCUAUGCAGCUAGCUUUCUUUUUGGUGUUUAUCUGUAAUGAAAUUUUUCUUCUUUCUGCCAUGUCCUACGACCGUUUUGUGGCCAUAUGCAACCCACUGCUCUAUACCAUCCUCAUGUCACAAAGAGUGUGCUGGGUGCUUGCCACAACUCCUUAUCUGUACAGUAAAUUCAUGUCGCUUCUCGUCACCAUAAGGAUAUUCACCUCUUCUUUCUGUGGCUACAAUGUCCUACACCAUUUCUUCUGCGACCUUAUCCCUUUGUUAUCGUUGCUUUGUUCUAACGCACGUGAGAUUGAGCUGGUCAUCAUGAUCUUCGCAACUUUUAAUCUGAUCUCCACUCCACUGUUCGUCCUCAUGUCCUACCUGCUCAUACUGAUAGCUGUACUCAAGAUAAACUCGGCUGAAGGCAGGUGCAAGGCUUUCUCCACCUGCACGUCCCACCUGACCGUGGUCAUAGUUUUCUAUGGGACUUUGAUAUUCAUGUAUCUACAGCCCAAAUGCAGCAAUGCUAUUGAUACCGGCCAAGUAGCUUCUGUCUUUUAUACCUUGAUCAUCCCAAUGUUGAAUCCGUUGAUCUAUAGCCUGAGGAACAAAGAUGUAAAAUGUGCUCUACAGAAGACAUGGGGGAAAAAAUUGCUGUAUGUGUUCUUAAAACGUGCAUGCACUGAUUCCUGA